AUGAAAAGACGUAAAACAGAAAUAUAUUUAACUUGGGAUGAAUGCAAAGCGCAAGUUAAUAAAUUUCACAAUGCUAUGUAUAAAAAAUUCCUUACUCGUACCGAAGCUCAAAAUUUUAUUGAAGGAAAACGUGAAGUUUCUGUAAUUUUAAACAAUAAUGGAUCAUCAUUUAAUAAUGGUACAACAAGAGCUCAAGCAGGUAUUGGAGUAUUUUGGAAGGAUGAUGAUCCUAAUAAUUUAAGCGAAAGAUUACCUGAAUCGGAACAAACUAACAAUCAUACUGAAAUUUAUGCUGUGAUUAGAGCUCUUGAAGUUUGUGAAAAUAAAACAAAACCUUUGGAAAUAAUGACAGAUAGUAAAUAUGUAAUUAACAUAAUUGAAGAUUGGGUUGAAAAAUAG